UUUUUCUUUAAUAAGAACAUAGAAUAAUAGUCCAAAAAGAAGCUCAAAGCACCUUCUGCAAUCCGCGUCCCCUGUUUCCACUCUCGAUUUCAUCAAUCAAACUGAAGAAGUUGAGAGCCAUUUAUAUUUCUGCAGCAAAGUUUCCAAAUCUUAUCUGAUAUUCUUCUUCUAAUCUUUCGUUUUCAAUAGUUUCCUGAAAAAUCAGAAGUUCUUUUCUUGUCAAUAUAUCAUAUAUAGUUAUUACCGGUUAUUUUAUUUUACCGUUUUAUUCUAAUAAAAAUCUCAGCUUCGUAUCUCAAUUCGAAGCCGCUUUCCAUCAAUAUCAGCAUGUGCGCAAGAAACUCUUUGUACACUAACAUCAAACCCUGCAAACACCUAGCUGAUUACAAGCUCAGACGUGGCUUCAAUGGCUAUAAUUCCCUCCAAAAUUGCCUCAAAACCACCCCAUAUGGAAGAAGUAGAGUUGAUAAACACGAUACUACAAUACCCAGAUGCAGUUUUUGUAAUGGGUAUCAAGGUAGACUUUAUAAAUGUUUGAUGUGCUCUUCGAUAUCCUGUUCAAGCCACGUCCUUUUGCAUACCCAAUCUGAGAACGGCCAUGAGGUGGCUUUCGACAUCGACAGAUCAGAGCUUUAUUGUUGCUUGUGUUGUGAUCAGGUCUAUGAUCCUGAUUUUGACAAGGUUGUUGUGUCUAAACAAGUCAGGGACUUGCCUGGGGGUAAAAGUAAUGGUUUUAAGGUGUGUUCUGGGAGAUCAAGCAAGAGAAGGAGACUAGAUUCAGGGAUAGAGUUAGAUUUGAAGAAGUCAAAACAGUUGAUUUCAAUGAGAGAUCGGAGAGCAAAAUCGUGUUAUCCAUUGGGAUUGAGGGGAUUGAACAAUCUGGGGAGUACUUGUUUCAUGAAUUCCGUGUUGCAGGCUUUGCUUCAUGCUCCUCCUUUGAGGAAUUACUUUUUGAGUGAUCGGCACAACCGUGAUCAAUGCAGGAAAAGAUCUGGUGAAAAGCUAUGCUUGCUCUGUGAUAUUGAUGCUAUUUCUUCAGCUAUGUUUUCGGGUGAUCGCACCCCUUAUAGUCCAGCUCAGUUUCUUUUCAGCUGGUGGCAACAUUCGUCAAAUUUAGCUAGUUAUGAAGAGCAGGAUGCUCAUGAGUUCUUCAUUUCAGUUUUAGAUGGGAUCCAUGAGAAGGAGAGCAAAGUAAGAAACUCUAGCAAAGAUGAUGGAGACUGCCAAUGCAUUGCUCAUAGGGCAUUCUCUGGAUUGUUAAGAUCUGAUGUCACAUGUAUCACCUGUGGAUUUACUUCCACAACUUAUGAUCCUUGUAUUGAUAUUUCACUCGACUUGGAAGCAAAUAACUUUUCUUCGUCACACGUAGCUAACAAACCUAUCAAAACAGAUGAGAAGAUGGGUCUGUCUACUCUUUCAGGUUGUUUGAAUUUGUUUACUAGAGCAGAGAGGUUGGGUUCUGACCAGAAACUUUAUUGUCAGAAUUGUCAAGAACUACGGGACUCAUCAAAGCAACUGUCUAUUAGAAAACUUCCAUUAGUGUUGUGUUUACAUAUAAAGAGAUUUGAGCACUCUUUAGUCAGAAAAAUGUCAAGGAAAAUUGAUCAAUAUUUGCAGUUCCCUUUCUCAUUGGACAUGACUCCAUAUUUGUCAUCCUCAAUUGUUAGAAGUCGAUUUGGAAAUAGAUUGUUUGCCUUUGAAUAUGACAACUCUGAUAGUUCUGCAGAAUAUGAGAUUUUUGCUAUGAUUGCUCAUUCGGGAAUGCUGGAAUCAGGCCAUUAUGUGACUUACCUGCGCCUAAAGAAUCAGUGGUACAAAUGUGAUGAUGCUUGGAUUUCUGAGGUUGAUGAGGGGACAGUCAGAGCUUCACAGUGUUAUAUGUUGUUCUAUGUACAGAAAAUGCUUUACUACAAAUCAAAUGAAGAUUUAAGUUGCAUGCGAAUUUCCCCACGCAGAGACCCAUGUGUAUCUACUGCUGGUUGCUGCUAAUGUGAAUGUCUAGGUUGAGUCCAGCAGAAAUUUGUCAGUGUGGGUGAUUUAGAAUACUCAUGCAAGGCCAGCUAAAGAGCCAGUGAGUAUCAAAGCGACAAUAUUCUUUGACAGAGCCUUCUCUCAGAAUCAAACCAGAGAAAAAGCCAAAGUUCUCCGAGGUUUAUGGUUUGAGUUCAAAAGGCUGAUCAUUGGGACAGAUGUUUAUAUAGCAAUCUCUACGAAUACCAAUCCAUUUUUGAUGGGUGUUCUUACAGUAAGCUUCUACAGAUUUCGGUCAAAAAGGAAGUGAAUCAAUUCUUUUCCAUGAUGGCAUUUCCCAAAAGCUCUCUACAAGAUUCUUGCUCUGAAUUUUUUGACUGCAGGUCAGUCAUGAACAGAAUAAUUAGUUACUUAACGGCAUUAUCUACCCUUGUCUGCUAUAAUUCCUGGAGGCCAUAUUCUUCAUGGUUUCCUUUUUUCUUUUUCUUCUAUCAACUGUUCUUCACUCAUCUUUAGAAGUAUUAAUGAUAAGAUGGGAAAUGUUUUACAUUGGCCUUAAUGCCUUAUUUCUUGCUA